UUAUGCUCCGAGCAGUUUUGAGUUUGAAAAUGAAGCUUGGAAGAUAUGCAUUGUAAAAACAAACAUAUGGGAAUGUUGCGGUAUUGUAGAUAUGGAAGUUAAAUAUGUCAAAUGCCGCCAUACCUUCAGCUCAUUGGGUAGAUUGUCAAUGUUAGUGAGCUAGCUAGCGAACUAGCUACUCUGCGAAAUGGUUUAGCUACGCAAGGAAAUGCGCGAUUGCCAACCAAGUCGCUAAAUGUCAUUUAGGUGGUUUCGCUGCAUCGGCUUCAUCUGAAGUGCAUCGGAUCGACAAUGUCAUACCACUCUUGCUGCCCUUUACAAGGAGCCAUGGUGCACCGACAGGGACAGGGACAGGCUUCGACUCAGUCUUUGAUUGGGGAAGCAACCCUCACGGGUGAUCCCAAAGCAGAGGACUCUGGAGUGGAGGAUGAGGACAGCAACCAUGGAAACAACUUUCCCUGUCGAUCCCUGGCCCAGUUGGAAGUCUCUACCGUUUUCAUUGCCUUCCAGGGAACUAUGGAUGAUGAUGAUUUCCAAGAGAAAUUGGACAACAUCUUAAGUAAUGUCCCUGAUAUGUUGGAACUAGACUCCGAGAGGCUGCAGCCCAAAAACGUGGAGCCCUGGAACAGUGUCCGCGUCACUUUCAAUAUUCCACGAGAUGCUGCAGAUCGCUUGCGUCUCCUGGCACAGAACAACCACCAGCAGCUGCGUGAUCUGGGAAUACUGUCUGUCCAGAUUGAGGGGGAAGGUGCUAUAAAUGUGGCCAUGGUGCAAAACAGAGGUCAGGAGGUCAGGGUGAAUGGACCACUUGCUGCAGCCAAUCAGAUGAGGAUGGAUGUGGGUUUCCCAAUGCAACAAGGCCCUGGAGGUUUGCGGAUGAACAACCCCUCAGUUCCAAUGGGGCCCCAAGGCCCAGGCAUGUCGGGUCAGGUUAUGGUUGCAGGGGUCAGCGGGCAGAUUCAGACAAGGGCUCCCCGACCUCCUUCCCAGACUGACUCGUUGGACCCUAUGCUGUCAGGCCUGGCCAUGCAGCAGCAAGUUCAACAUCCACAGCCUCCCCAUGGCCCAGCACCCAUGCCUCCACAGGGUCACCACAUUCAGGCCAUGCAGGCCAGUCGCCAGCUCAACCCAGCCACUCUGCAGCAGCUCCAGCAUCAGCAGGCUCAGCUUGCUCAGCUAGGUGGUGCUCGUCCCCCAUUUAACCAAAAUCAGAUGCCUGUCCCUACUGGAUGGAACCAGCUGCCCUCUGGGGUCUUGCAGCCCCCUCCAGCCCAAGGCCCCAUGGGUACAGCCUGGAGAAAGGGCCCCCCACAUGCUCAGAUGGCACCACGUCCUUCUUUGGCAACAGUCCAGACUCCAAGCCAUCCUCCACCUCCAUACCCUUUUGGCAGCCAGCAAGCCGGUCAGGUCUUCAACACUAUGGGGCAGCAGCAGCAGCAACAACAGCAGCAGCAACAACCAGGAAAUCCUCAGUUUGCAGCACCCCAGCCAAAAGGGCUCCAGGGACCUCAAGGGUUGGGUGGGCCAAGGGGGCCUCCUCCUCCUUCGCCCCAGGCGGCUCAGCAGGGCCACCUCACUGCUAAGUCCCCGGUUUCUUCCCCUUCUCCCUUCCAACAAGGUUCUCCUGGAACUCCCCCGAUGAUUGGGCAGAACCAGGGCCCACUGGGCCCCCGUUCCACCACGCCUCAGGGUUUUCCUCAAGCUGUAAGCUCUCCAGGCAGGGCGGUGCUGGGACAGCAAGGGAAUGUGCAAUCUGGAUUCAUGGUUAUGUCCCAGCAGGGUCAAGUCCCCCACUCUGGAAUGGGAGGUAUGUCCAAACGUCUCUCCUUGGGGUUCCCAAAUGCACAAGCCAAUCAGAACUUCAUACAAGGCCAGGUGACACCCAGCCCAGCAGGAACUCCUGUGUCAAGCACCAAUUCCCAGUUGCAGAGUAGCAACAUUCAACAUGCAGGUGUUCAGCCCUCUACUUCAGGACCAAACCACAUGCAGGGGUCCCAUGGUCAGCCUAAUUCUAUUCAGACCAACAUGAUGGGCAUUCACAGUGGUGUGGCUAACCAACCCCCGGGAACCACUGCUGCAGGGAACAUAGGUCCAUCCUCACAGGGCGUCCAGCCUCAGAUGAUGGGAAUGCAGCACCAGCCCAUCUCCUCUUCCCCUAGUCAGAUGGUACAAGGCCAAGGCGGGGGUCAGACAGUUCUAUCCAGGCCACAGCUCGUCAACCAGGGACAAAUGCUGAUGGGUGGCCAAAGCAUGGGCCCACAACGAGGGAUGACGCCUCCUAAGCAGAUGAUGCCCCAGCAGGGUCAGGCAAUGAUGCAGGGACAUGGCCAGCUUGGUGGAACCCAGGGGCACCAGGCAAUGUUGCAGCAGCAGAACGCAAUGAUGGAGCAGAUGAUGGCCAGUCAGAUGCAAGGAAACAAGCAGGCCUUUGGGGCUAAAGGUCAGGCUGCUGUCAUGCAGGGGCAGAUGAUGCGGGGCCCUUCACCAAAUGUGCAGGGUAACCUGGCCCAAUUCCAGACUCAAGUUGUUCAGCAACAGCCACAGCAGCAACAACAACAACAACAGCAGCAGCAACAACAACAGCAGCAGCAGCAGCAACAACAACAGCAGCAGCAGCAACAACAACAACAACAGCAGCAGCAGCAUCUGCAACAGCAACAUCAGCAACAUCAGCAGCAACAGCAACAACCCCAGCAAGUUCCAAUGAAUGGUAAUCCUAACCAGGCCAUGGGCCUCCAUGGACCACAAAUGCGGCUUCCAGGAGGCCACCAUUUGGUUCAGCAGCAGCAACUUCAGCAGCAGCAACUACAACAGCAGCAGCAACAAAAACAACAGCAACAAGUUGUUCAGCAACUGCAGCAACAACAGCAGCAGCAUUCCCAGCAGCUUGGAGAUGCCAGCGGAGGCACUGGCGAAAUGGCCCUACAGCAGAUGCUCCCUGAAAUACAGGCCCAGCAGCAGCAGAUGAUGGUGGGUAGUCAGCACAUGCAGGUGGGAAAUGGUCACUUCCCUGCCCCCGGGAUGCCCUUCAACCCCCAGUUUGGUGGACAGAUGGGUAUGGGAGGCCCAUGUCCUCAGGGAGGCAAUUUCCCCGGAAACAAAGAUGUUACCCUCACAAGCCCCCUGCUGGUCAACCUGCUGCAGAGUGACAUUUCGGCUAGUCAGUUUGGUCCUGGUGGAAAACAGGGAGGUGCCAACCAGGUCAAGCCCAAGAAAAAGAAGCCCCCACGUAAGAAGAAGGCCAAAGGAAAUGGAGGACUGGUGGGAGAGCAAUCUGACCACAUUAUGAGUGGUCUUGAUGUGCAGCCCCCUGGACUGGAGGACCCUGAGGCACAGGGCUUGAGUGGGGAUCAAGGAGCUGGAAUGGACCCGAUUGGCCAAAAACUGUCAGAAUUCAACAAUAGGCCCACAGGGUUUCCAGGUCAGCCAGGAGACCAAAGGGCCCUGCAGCAAAUGCCAGUUCAGUUCAUACCGCAGCAACAACAGCAGCAGCAACAGAUGCAGAGCAUGCAGGUACCACCGGGCCAGGCAGGGAUGAUUCCCCAAGGUCAGCCCCAGAUCCAUCCACAUCAGUUACAGCUACAGCAGCAACAACAACAGCAACACCACCACCAGCAACAACAACCACAACACCAGCAACAACAGCAACAUCAGCAACAACAGCAACAGCAGCAGCAACAACAACAACAACAACAGCAGCAGCAGCAGCAGCAUAUGAUGAUGAUGCUCAUGAUGCAGGAACAAGCUAAGAACAGGAUGCCCGUGUCACAGGGUGGGCAAACACCCAGGGGCCUCUUAAAUCCAGCAGAUGGACAGAAAAUGCCUGUUUCUCAGCCAGGCAGCAUGCCGGUGAUGAUCAAUCUGCAGGGGCAUGGUGGUGUCCCACCUUCCCCAGAAAAGGCUAGGGGAGGCCCCCUCAUGGUCAAUCCUCAAUUAGCUGGCAGUGCUAGGAGGAUGCCAGUCCCUGAUGGGCUCCAGGGAGGUCCACCACUGAGCUCAGAGGAAGGCCCUGGCAUGCACAUCAUGCAGGAAAGAACAGCCCAUGAAAUGGUUCAACAGACUGGCAACACUGCUCCCCAGCUGGUCCUCAACCAAGGUCCUAACCCACACCUGAUGAAGUCAGGGCCUUCACCUGUCCCGCAACAUCAGGGGGCAAGCCCUCAGCAACAGCAACAGCUCCAGCCCCAGCAAGCAGGUCCCAUGCCAGUCUCACAUGGCCUCCAUUUUCCUAGCGUCCCCACCACCUCGCAAAGCUCCCGACCUAAGACGCCCAAUCGAGCCAGCCCCAAAGCAUACCACCACCCGCUCACUCCAACAAAUCGCCCUCCCAGCACAGAACCUUCAGAAAUCAGUCUGUCCCCUGAAAGAUUAAAUGCAUCCAUUGCUGGGCUCUUUCCACCCAAGAUAAACAUUCCCCUACCUCCCAGGCAGCCUAAUCUGAAUCGUGGUUUUGACCAACAGGGUCUCAAUCCUACAACCCUGAAAGCGAUUGGACAGGCACCACCCAAUCUGACUUCUUUAACAAAUAAUAACAACAGUGGACAACAGGCAUUCUCCACAGGUAACAGCACAGCAGCUGCAAGUGGGAAAAUUGAUAAGCAUCCCACGGGUGGCCCAACAAAAAGAACCAGUCCAGGAAACAGUAGGCGACCCAGCCCAGCCUUGAGCCGCAAGACCACACCCAGCCCGGGGAGGCAGAAAGGAGCCAAGAUUGCCCUCACCUCUCCCCCACACCAGCAAGCCAUAGUCAACCCUCAAAACAUCAUGGUUAAUCCAUCUCAUGUCCUCUCUAGCCCUGUUGCUAUUUCGCCAGCUCAGCUGGACCUACAGCAGGCUCAGAUCCCUUUACAAGGUAUCACCCCUGAAAUGAGUCAAGUGACCUCUGUAGAGCAGCGCCAAAUGGUCCAGUCUCAAAGAGAUUCUCCACUGGCAAAGAUGACUAGCUUGCAUGUUUCUCAGGAGCUUAAAGUUGUGAUGGAAGAACCAGCAAGAGUGGAUGCAUCUGUGACAGAGAAGGUCCAGGCCCAGGUGCCAGCCCAGCAGGAACCUAAAUGUGAUUCUUCACUUGUACUCAGGGAUGCCCCAACCUCUCUAAAUCAAUUGCUUGACAGUUCCUGUGCUUCAACUACCCCCCUGAAACAAACCCAGGACAGUUUCCUCGAAGGAAAUCAGAGCCAGGGGGAGAGCCCUCGUCUCCCCACCGACCCAGAGACCCAACGGAAUUCAAGCACUUCUCAGAGCUCUGAAAUUUGUGUUCCCUCUUUGCCGAACGACCCAGAGCUGAAAUCUAAGCUCAGUCCAAUGCCAAGUCCAAAAUUUAACCCAAAUAUCAGCCCCAAUCUAAAGAUUAACGUUAGUCCUAAUACAACCUUUAGUUCUAGUCCUAACUCAAAUGUCAGUCCCAAUCCCACCAUGAACCCCAACUCUGGCCCUAACUCCUUGGCAAAUGUAUCUGCAGUCUUGCAGAGGGCUUCUUCGUCUGCCACUAUCUCUCCCAACCAGAUCACCGUCUUUGUCACUUCCAACCCUCUAAGUUCAUCCACCACAACCUCCCACGUAGCCCCUGCUUUGGUUUCAACUGUUGUUACUCUUCCUAAUAAAAACAUCAGGUCUCAGGAGGGGCGGCAGACGUCCGCUCCAGCUGGUGCGAACACUCGCCCUGCUCAGUUCCUCACCACCCCAAUGUUCAUCAAUUCCAUCUUUCAAGUUCCUGCCUCUUCGAUGCCUCCCAACACAAAUGUAAUGUCCCAGCCAGGAAACAUGGUGGGGCCAAUUCAAAUGUCAACAAACAUACAAGUCACACCCGCAGCCACCACAACCCAGGUCUCCCCAGUUAACACGUCCAACAGCCAAGCCAGUCGUGCAGUUGUUGGGCAGGUUCAGAGGUCCUCAAGCCAGGCAACUCCCAUGGGUUCUCUACCCCAGCCUCCUCAACAGCUACUCUCUGGAACCAUGAAGCAGGAUUGCAGCUCUGCCGAGACACCUGUGCUGAAGUCGAGCCCUGUUAGUCAACCAUCUCCCCGCCACAGUGUUGCUACUUCUUCCCCCUUCUCCCAACCCCUAGCAUCACCUCCUGUGUGCUCCAGCCCAGGAACUGCCGUUAGUGCGCGGGGAAGCCCUCUGUCCCCUACAGCUACUUCUGCCAAGGGUAAACCAGGGCAAGAACCUGUCUCAAAGAGAGGCACAACUGGGUCUGACCCUCUGCAGAAGGCUAGUGACCAGCCCCUAGAGGUCAGAGCACAGCCAGAGCAAGCUUCUGGAAGCACAGCCCCUCUGGAGGCAGUGGAUCGAACUGUGGCCACAGCCCCUGUAAAACCCGUCAGUUCUUCCAUCUCUACGCCAGCCCCUGUCCAUGUUCCCACUCCUUCUGUUUAUUCUCCAACUGCCCCAACAAAACCUGGACCGCCCAACCCAUCGGAUGGCUCUCUGGCAACAGCAACACCACCUGACCCCUUGGGGGGACAGAACCCCCCCAUAGUGAUGGAGAUCAGCAUGCCAGCUCCACAGAAUGAUGCACCUGAAGCCGUGGGAUUGCCAGAGAGCAGCCAGAGUGCUGUGUCUGUUCAGUCUGAACCUCCACAGCAAGAAGGACCUAUUUGUGAGAAAACUGGAGGUGAAACGGCUACUGUAACUGAGCGGGGAUGGGUAAAGAAAAGAAAGACGCCCGUCAGCCUUGUCCAAAGGGCUGCCCCAGAGAAGGUGAAAGGCCCGAGCCGACGCAGUUCGCGAGCAGAGAAGGAGUCCGAAGAAGGGGCCACAGUUGCACUGGAUGCAUCUGACAAUGGGCAGAGGAAAAGGACAGCAAGGCCUGGAUCCGCCUCCUCCACCAUUGCCACCACUGUCAAAGAUGCAAACACUGGGGCCAGUCCUACACAGGCCAAGCGAAGGAAAUCAAAAUGACACCUGUACUAUUAACCUGUGAAUUGUAAAUGUUUGUGAAUUAUUUUAUUGCCUUUUCCAUGUGUUUUUUAAUGGAUUAACCAUGUACAGAUAAUUGUUUUAAUAAGAAAUAUGAUAUUGGUGUUUGUCUCCCGCUGCAAUGUGAGGUUUUAUUUAGACAGUUUUUUGAUUUUUAUGUUUCAAAUGCUGGAUUAAUUAUGUUUAGGCCCCUGGUAAUGAAAAAUGUCACGUCUGUAUUGUAUAAUUUUGUCGCAAAGCUGAAUUAAAUUUUCUACUACUUUACUCCUGUGAAUAAAUGGAUGAAGGCG